AUGGCCCCGCUACCCACGUCCAUCCUACGUGCACGCGGGGCCCUGAGCGCUCUCUUACCCCUGAAGGGCGUGAAUGUGGGGUUCAGACACCAGGACGAAACGCGGAAAUUCCUCUGGAGCCCGCUGACGACCGCUGUGGGCAGCACCUCUCCGUCCAACAGUGCCAUCCAGGCUCAGGAAGCACGAACCGCCAGCCUUCCCCCCUUGGUCCCUCCACGAGCCGCAUUGAAUCCCAAAGCCCUGUCUCGCACCGUACGGGACCUCGUGAGGCAGGGGCAGCACGUGCAGGCCCUGCGCCUCCUCUUACACCGCGAGCCGGCGCUGCCAGUCCGCCCGCCCCUGCCCCUGGCACGGACGCUGGCCGGCGCGUUCGAUGCGGCACUGGUCAGUGCGGCUCGGCGGGGCGACUCAGAGGGGGCCCUGGCCCUCACCGCGCGCAUGUGGAGCCUCAGGCUGCCCAUCGGGCACGUGGCGCAUGCCAGCACACUGGGCGCGCUGUGCAAAGACAACAACCUGCAUGGUGCGCUCAAGUACCUGCGCUCCAUCUCCACGCGGCAUGUGGACACCCGCCUCGCCAACAUCGUGCUGCAGGCUGCUGCAUCCCAAGGAGACACCGCGUCCUUUGACGCUACCCUCGCUCUGAUGCGCCGGCGGCACCUGGAUCACGAUGGAGCCACCUGGGCGGCGCGCAUGUCUCUCGCGGCCUCGACCGGGGACGACGAAGGGGUGACCGGGCUGAUCCAGGACGCCCUGUGUGCGCUGCCGCCGGCUCAGCAUGCCAAAGCCCGCGCCGGGCACGCUGUGGCACUUGCAAGGAUGGGCGACUUUGACGCGAUGCUGGAGGCCCUGACGGAGCUUUUCGAUCGCCACAGCACGCACCUUCCCCUGCCCGUGGAUGUUCAGGGUGGUGUGGGGCCCGGGGGGGCGCCCACAGCGCCCAUCCCUCCCGAGGUGCAAACCCUUCGAACGGCAUGCAAUGCGGCCCUGACCGCCGCAGAAGAGGUGGGCAGCCUGGCGGCCGUGAACGGGGUGCGGCAGCUGAUGAUUCAGCGUGGCUUGACCCCGGACGGAGCCACUUACGACGUCAUGAUGGCUGCCGCGCUGAGGAGGGGGGCGGGCGCUGCCGACGCCAUCGAGGAUGCCUGGCGAGAGAUGGAGGGGCUCGGAAUCAAGCCCACCCCGCGCGGCUGGCGGCUGCGCCUGGCUGCCCUGGCCCGGGCCGCAGACGGGGAGAGGGCCGAGGCGGUGCUGGCCGAGAUGGAGGGCGCCGGCGUCCCCCUGGAUGCCGGCGGCCAGGCCGCAGCCUUCGCCGCCCUGGGGGCCGGUGGCGAUCUGCAGGCCCUGCGCUCCUUCUUCCUGGACCGGUUAGCGAAGGGGGCCGUGGCCAGCGCCCAGGCCUUUGCCGGCGCCUACGGCGGCGUGCUGGCCUGGGCGAGGGCGCAGGCGGACGCGCGCGCGGGGGCCCUCGCUGCGGAUGCGGAAGGCUGGGCGGGCCGGGAGCGCGAAGGGGCUGGGCCCCCCACGGACGCCCCGCCUGGUGUGGGUCCCGCCGCCGCCAGCGGGCCUCAGCGCACGCCGCUCCCGCGGCGUGCUCCCGGCCAGGACGCCUCCCGCGUCUCCCAACGCCACCUGGCGGCGGCCCUGGUGCGCGCCAUGGAGGACGCCCAGGCGGUGGUCGAGGUGGCGCACGACGCCUCCAGCCUGGCGGCGCUGGUGGGCGCGCUGGGCGCUACGGGCGCCGCGGGGCGGGUGCGCACGCUGCUGGCCGGGUCGGGAGUGGCGCCCAGUCAGGCCCUGCUCAACGCGGGCGUGGCGGCCUGCGCGCGGGAGGGCCGUGUGGCGGACGCCGCGCAGCUGCUGGCCGACUUCCGCGGCGCGGGCGUCGCGCCGGACGCACGCACCUACACCAGCCUGAUCGCGGGGUGCUCCUUCGGGCGGCAGGGCGCGCUGGCCUGGGACCUGCUGGGCCGUAUGCGCGAGCGGGGCCUGGCGCCGGGGGCACCCACCUUCAACGCCUUGGUCAAGGUGGAGUGCCACGUGGCGGGGCCGGACGGCGGGCUGGCCGCCGUCAACGCCAUGCUCACCGCCGGGGUCAAGCCGGAUGUCGUGACCUGGACCACGCUGCUAGCCGCGGGGCGGCAGGCGGGGCGGGAGGACGUCGUGCAGCAGGCACUGGAGGAGCUCAGGGCCCUGCAGGCAACGAGGGAGGACGCCGCCCGGGACGCGCAGUGGCGAGGGCAUUACGCGGUGGACGAGGAUGACGAGUGGUAG